AUGAUGCAAAAUGGUGACUACUUCACUGAUUUGAUUACCAACGACAGCAUCAACUACUUCCGAAUGUCCAAGCGCAUGUACCCGCAUCGGCCGGUGAUGAUGGUGAUCAGUCAUGCAGCGCCUCAUGGCCCGGAGGAUUCAGCACCCCAGUACUCCGCGCUCUUCCCAAACGCUUCCCAGCACAUAACUCCCAGCUAUAACUACGCACCAAACAUGGAUAAGCACUGGAUCAUGCAGUACACUGGCCCGAUGAAGCCGAUUCACAUGGAGUUCACCAACUACCUGCACAGGAAGAGGCUCCAGACGCUGAUGUCUGUAGAUGACUCUGUGGAAAAGAUUUAUAAUGUCCUGGUCGACACCGGGGAGCUGGAUAAUACUUAUAUCAUUUACACAGCUGAUCAUGGUUACCACAUUGGCCAGUUUGGCCUGGUCAAGGGGAAGUCUAUGCCCUAUGAUUUUGACAUCAGAGUGCCGUUUUUUGUCAGAGGUCCUAAUGUGGAACCAGGGGCAAGAAACAACUAUCUUGUGCUAAACAUUGAUCUCGCACCCACAAUCCUGGACAUAGCUGGCCUGGACACUCCACCUGAUAUGGAUGGCAAAUCUAUCCUGAAGCUUCUGGAGCAGGAAAAGACUGGGAAUAGAUUCAAACCCAACCGGAAACCCAAAGUCUGGAGGGACACAUUCCUCGUGGAGCGGGGCAAAAUCCUGCGCAAGAAAGAUGACUCAGGAGGCAGCUUGAACACACAACACUCCAACAGCUUACCCAAGUACAAGAAGGUGAAGGAGGUGUGUCAGCAGGCAGAGUAUAAGACGCCUUGCGAACAACCAGGACAGAAAUGGCACUGUGUGGAGGAGGUCAGUGGGAAGUGGCGUUUGCAGAAGUGUAAGGGCUCUCUGAAGGAAGGAUCCAAGAAGCGGGCGAGGAGUCUGCGCUCUCGAAGCUAUGACAGCCGCGAGAAAGACUGCCACUGUGGAGAUCGGCCUUACAAAUCGGCCAAGGCAGCACGGCGGGCGCAGAGACAGUUUGCCCAGAGCAGUAAUCCACGCUACAGACAUCGCUUUGUUCACACGCGGCCAGCCAGAUCCCUGUCAGUGGAGUUUGAGGGUGAAAUCUAUGAUGUGGACCUACAGGCUGAUGACAAAACCCCCCUUGAGCCUCGACCAAUCAGCAAACGGCACCAUGAGCCUGAGGGAGGUUUUGAUUCCGACUUUGGGUUGGAGUCCGAUGACGGAUCGGAGGAGAUGCAGUCGGAUGACACUAAUGCUGUGGGAUACCCCAAUACUCUUAAAGUCACCCAUAAAUGUUUCAUAUUAAUGAAUGACACUGUGCGCUGUGAAAGAGAGAUUUACCAGUCCUCCAGAGCAUGGAAAGACCACAAGAACUUUGUGGACCAAGAGAUUGAACUUCUCCAGGAUAAAAUGAAGAAACUGCGUGAGGUUAGAGGCCAUUUAAAGAGGAGGAGACCGGAUGAGUGUGACUGUGGAAAGAAGAGCCACUUUAGCAAAGACAGAGAGCAGAAAAACAAACCCAAAAGAUUGAAGAAUAGGAAUGACCAUCUCCAUCCCUUUAAAGAGGUCAUGCAGGAAGUGGACAGCAAGACUCAACUCUACAACGAGAUCCGCCGCAGGAAGAAAGAGAGGAAGGAAAGGAAGAGGCAAAGGAAGGGUGAUGACUGCAGUCUUCCUGGCCUCACCUGCUUCACACAUAAUAAUGACCACUGGCAGACCGCCCCCUUCUGGAACUUGGGUGGCUUCUGUGCCUGCACAAGCUCUAACAACAACACAUACUGGUGUCUGAGAACUAUAAAUGAAACUCACAACACACUCUUCUGUGAAUUUGCCACUGGUUUCUUGGAGUACUUUGACCUAAACAGUGACCCAUACCAGUUAACCAACGCAGUUUAUACAGUGGAGAGGGACGUCCUGAGCCAACUGCAUUUACAGCUGAUGGAAAUGAGGAGCUGUCAGGGCCACAAGCAGUGCAACCCGAGGCCAAAAGGCUUAGAUGCAGAACACAGCCAGCCUGGGACGUCCACAAAGGUUAAGCCCAAUUUCACAGAGGAUAUCGACUGGCAAGGACUGGCAGAUUUGUACUGCAUGAACGAGGGUCUGUAUGAACACAGACGCAACUACAGUCCCGACCUGGAUGACUGGACAAACUUUUGGAAGGAUGUAGAUACCAUGUUUGCACUGCUGAGAAAUUUAAAGAAACUCAACCAAACCGAUAAGCUUGACCCGCUGGCUGAGCUGGGCUCCGGGGUCCUGGAGGAGGCCAGUGGUGCUGGAUUCCCAAUCCGAGAGGAACGCCCCCUGAUUCCUGUCACCGAAGGUCCCUCGAGAGGUCCAACAACCAAAACUCUUCAAAAGAGUCGUUUAAAGUCUUCUAAUGAACUCCCAGAAGGCCGCCCAACCAAACCAAGCACUCUUCCCAGGGGAGACACAUGGGUUCAACAGCUGGAAAAAGAGUUGGACAAUGAUGGAAUGACUUUUAGUGGCAAUGGCGUCACUGAACUGGAGACCCGCCAUGACUUUCUGUUGCGCAGCUCUAAAAUUCUGGAUCGCCACCUGCAGGAAGAAGAGGAGGACAUUUUUCAGGCCCAGGGUUACCUUCCCCUCUCGUCGCAGCCAGCCAGACCCCCAGAGCCCACUGGGGAAACUCCUCCAGCCCAGAAAGACACCCCACAGGAAAAGUGGAAUGGAAGCAUCAGACCUUUUACCCACAAGCCCAGGGAUGUUCAAGACUCGUAGGAUAGUGCCUCGGGACCAUCCCCUUUGAGAAAGGACUGCUGCCAUGCACUGUGAAGCCAGCCAACUCAGAGACACUAACCCCACGGAGCAUGGACUGCUCUCCUGUAUAAUCCAAUUAAUUAUUUUAUUUUUUACAAGUGCUUC